UCAUAUUACCAAAAACUAUUUAAUUUUUACAAUAUGAGCGACUAUUCUUCUGGCUAUAACCUCGGUGGCGAUUCCGGUAACAAGAAGCAAGAAGUUAUGGACCAAGUCCGUUCCGAACUUGCCUUGGCCAACGCCCAAGAACUUAUUAACAAAAUCAACGAAAAGUGUUAUUUAAAGUGUGUCCCCAAGCCUGGUGCACGUCUUGAAUCUGGCGAACAAGCUUGUCUCUCCAAGUGUAUGGACCGUUAUAUGGAAUCAUGGAACGUUGUUUCUCGUGCUUAUGUUGCCAGACUUCAACGUGAGUCUCAAGGUGGCAACUUGUAAAAAAGUCCCUAGACCUUCAAGAAAUAGUAUCAAAAAUAUAUAUAUUUAAUAUCUCUCUAUUUUCUCCCUCCCCUCCCGUGUGUAUUUUAUUUUUCCCAAUUCACAAAUGUAUAGCUGAUAUUUUAUCUACAUGAAUAAACUACAGGUUUUUUUUUGAACAUAGUAAAA